CAUUGUCGAUUCAGCCUCAUCCUGCACAGUCGAUCCUGUUGCAGGGACAACCAACAAGCUGAUGUUGCUGAAACGCACACAGUGAAAACGCUGACACUAUGGAUUUCAAUGUCAAGAAACUAGCGUCGGAUGCAGGCGUCUUCUUCACUCGUGCUGUUCAGUACACAGAGGAGAAGCUUGGCCAGGCAGAAAAGACUGAGUUAGAUGCGCAUCUGGAGAACCUGAUCGCUCGAGCAGACUGCACCAAAAACUGGACCGAAAAGAUCUUCAGACAGACCGAGGUGCUGCUUCAACCCAACCCAAGUGCCCGUAUUGAAGAGUUCUUCUAUGAGAAAUUAGACCGAAAGAUCCCAUCCAGAACCACCAAUGCAGAGCUGCUGGGACAGUAUAUGCAGGAUGCUGCAAAGGAAUUUGGGCCAGGAACUCCAUAUGGCAGUACUUUGAUCACUGUUGGAGAGUUUCAGAAGAGGUUAGGUGGAGCAGAGCGGGAAUUCUUACAUACAUCAGCCAUCAAUUUCCUCACACCUCUGAGGAACUUUCUAGAGGGUGACUGGAAAACGAUAUCUAAAGAGAGAAGACUGCUUGAGAACCGGCGCCUUGACCUAGAUGUUUGCAAAGCUCGACUCAAGAAAGCAAAGUCAGCAGAGGCCAAGGCUGCUGCUGCGCCUGACUUUCAAGAGACUAGGCCACGCAAUUAUGUUCUGUCCGCCAGUGCAUCUGCGCUCUGGAGUGAGGAAGUUGAUAAAGCAGAGCAUGAGCUGCGUGUGGCUCAGACUGAGUUUGACAGGCAGGCAGAGGUGACACGCCUCCUGCUGGAGGGCAUCAGCAGCACACAUGUUAACCACUUGCGUUGUCUGCAUGAAUUUGUGGAGGCACAGGCUGCUUAUUACAUACAGUGUCACAAGCACAUGCAGGACCUUCAGAAAGAGCUGAGCAGUGCAAACGGAGAUACGUUUCCUAAUGCUUUUGCUGUGAAUGCCUCCACAUCAGGGGUGUCGACAGGCCCUUCUCCCCUUUCCAUUGCAACUCUACCUGGGCCUUCUUCACCUAGUCGUCCCCCAAACCCCUCCAAUGCCCUUGAGUCCAGCACCCUGAAGAUUGAGGAGGUGAAGCCUCCCGCCACUGGCACUCGCAAGGCCAAAGUGCUGUAUGACUAUGAUGCUGCAGAUACAAGUGAACUUUCCCUUCUCUCUGAUGAGCUGAUUACGGUGUACACGGUGCCCGGAAUGGACCCGGACUGGCUUAUUGGAGAGCGAGGCAACCAGAAAGGCAAAGUGCCUGUCACAUACUUGGAGCUCCUAAGCUAGACGCCUCAUCUUCUCCACAAAUGCAAAGGCACACUCAAUUAUGCAUGAACAAAUACUCAAGCACUCCUGAACACUGAAUUUACCUGGUUUCUUACUAUUUAGUUUUUUUUUGUUUUGUUUUUAUACCUAGAUUUACAUUUAGGUCUGUCUUGUUCUGAUGUUACUGUGCAGAAAUAUGUUGUAUUAUUUUUUAUGCCCUAGUUCUGUCUGUGUGUAUGUUGUUUCAUUUGGACACAAUCCUGAAUAAGGCAUUUCUUAAAAUAACUGAUUUUAUUUGUGACUGCUAGAUUUCUAUGAAGUCUUUCUUCCCCUCAAAGUGAAGAAAACAAACCGAAAAGCUUUGUGUUUGAGCUGGAUGGAAGUUUGUGUGUGUGAUCAUGUUCUGAAGACACUAAACAUCUAGACUUUGCUUCUUUGCAUGUUGUCUCACUCAUCAAGCUUAUAUGGUGGUCUUGGUUUGAUAUCAGCGUGUUUGAUUCCGAAAGAGGCAUUUUUGUGUUUUGUCAAUGAUUGACAAGAUUGUAAAGGUAUUAGGUGUGGUUAUGAUGUACA